CGCGUAUCUCGGGGACUACCUGUACUUCCUUUUUGGAAAUGUAAACAAACAAAUAGCAAACUUCUGAAAACACGUGAACUAAUCAACAAUACAGUUCAAUGCCGGUGUUGCUUAGCAGUUUGCUUAAGUUUAGUAAAAAUAGUCGAGUAACAAGUUGUUACAAAUUGUGGCAUACGUUGUCCGCUGUAUCCAAAGCAAAUAGGAGCACCAUGUCCGAAACUUCAGUUCAAAAUUUAGUGUGGAUAGACUUGGAAAUGACGGGGCUGGAUGUGGAAAAGGAUCGAAUUUUAGAGAUCGCUUGCAUUGUAACCGACAGCAAAUUAAACAUUAUUGCAAAAGGACCAAACAUAAUCAUAAAUGAGCCUGAUGCUGUUCUGGCAGGAAUGAACAGCUGGUGCAAGGAUCAUCAUUCAAAAUCGGGAUUGAUAGAAGCUGUGAAGAAAUCUACCUACAGUGUAGACCAGGCGGAGAGGGAUGUAUUGGAUUUUGUUAAAAAAUACUGUCCUGAGCGAAAGUGCCCGAUGGCAGGAAAUAGCAUUUAUAUGGACCGCCUGUUCAUUAUGAAAUAUAUGCCGACAUUGAAUGAAUAUCUUCAUUAUCGUGUGAUAGAUGUAAGCACGGUGAAGGAAUUAUGCAAACGAUGGAAUCAAAACGUCUAUAACUCUUCGCCACCGAAAAAGCUUGCCCAUCGUGCUUUGGAUGACAUCGAAGAAAGCAUUAACGAGAUGAAAUAUUACAAGAGCAUGUUUUUCAACUCAGUUGAAACUAAAAUUGAUCGCGACUAGGAACCAGAGAUUUGUGAAUACAUAUAUCGCUCUAAAACUUUAGUUAAUAGUGUGAUUUGCAGUCCUUUUCCCAAACUCGAUCGUAGAGUGUCGACGACGGCGAACGAAUUUGUGGGCCACGCGAAGGAUAACUCAACCCCUCUCGGAUAUCUUUUCGUCCGUUAGACACCAAUAAUGAUCCCUUUAGUUGCUCACCCAAAGGGUUUUUUUAGGGAAAACAUCAAAUAACAAGAGUGUCCGAAGAGGAUCUGCGAAACGCAAUCGUCCAGCUCACGAAUCUCGUCGCGAAGCAGCACCAGCAGAUCAAAAAUUUAGCAAAUUGAAAUUUUUUGACGGCGGCUAGCGAAAGCGAGACGAAAAUCGAGUCGUUGGUAAAUGGAAUCAAGGUUUCCUGUACGAUCCGGACGGAGGAGUUUUCUUUGAUGCAUGGUACGCUAGGUAUGAAUACGUCUUCAUUCAGGACGCUAGACGACGCCGCUCGUGUGAGAAACACGGCCUUAAGUAGAUAGAUAAGGGGGAAUCACCAACAAUAGAGCAUCUACAAACGUUUCUUUCAGUGUACCGAUCAACACCCAACCGGAAUACACCUAAGGGAACGUCUCCAGCCGAAGCGUUUUUAAAAAGAACGAUUUGCACUACGUUAGAUCUGUUGAAGAAACCAUCUCCUUCGACUGCAGCCGUUAAUCACAAACAAAAUCAGCAAUUCAACAAACGGCAUGGAGCGGUCAAGCGAUCAUUAGUAGAGAAUGACUUGGUGUAUGUUGAACCCAUGUUCCAUGGGAAGUUUUAUUAAAAUAAGUUGGUACUACUGCUGUAGCCGGCAAUCAUAUUUCUAUUAGUUUUAACUCUAAGGUGCCAGCUGAUGUUCCUGUUGUUUUGUGGGUUUACGGGGUUUAUCGGAUUAUCGGUAUUUUAUUAUCACCACGUAAGAGAACAGGAUGUGUGUGCCGAACCGAUCACUUCGGUGUCGAUCAAACGAGAGAGCUUCGUUACCACAUUGCCACUACUUAUAAAGCCUAACUGAUUGCCUCUCGCGGGCACUCACUAGCUUCGGGUUUGCUAUAAACUAAAGCAUGCGUCACACUACACUAACCUUAACAUACAGAUCCCAUAACACUGUUUUUGAAAAUCCGCAAACAACCAAUGAACAGCCAUCUGCGUCAGCAUCGGAAUCCAUUGCAUCCGAAUCCGUCGCAUUCGAAUCCAUCCAAAGCUACUACGUCGUUCCGUAAGAAUACGAGAAUCCCUCGAUGGCUCUCAUCAUACGACCUUUACUAAAAAGGGGCAGAUGUAGUAGCCUAUGACUACCAAACAGUGGAUUUUGGCUCAGCAGAAUUUCGCUUCCUAGGCAUAGUAGCCUAUACCUUCUGUCGUAAUAAAUUAGUUCAUAGUUAAUCACCAAACGA